AAAGUGUUUCAGAAACACAGUUCGCUGCAACUGACAUCACACGUGUCUCGAAUGUUGGCAAUGCAUUGUCAACGCUCUUAACAUAAGCCAAUCAUGUUUUUGCAUUGUGAGAGCAACGCGUAAUUCAAACUCCCUGGCUUAGGUGGUAGUCCCUUCUUUCGUGCACUCCUUGCCCCCAGGAUUUCGCGUGGCUAUUUUGAGUGAACUUCCUUAAAAAAUUGUGGAACAAAGAAAGAAAUUCACACAUUUGGAUUGCGUUACUUUUGCACAAUACUCUAGCCCAUUUAGAAUUUAAGUGUUAUCUCAAAUGUGGUGGUAGUCGGAAUCCUCAAGAGAGAGAAAUAAGUUUUGUAAUUGGUUUUCAGCUGGGCAUGACUUAACAUCAGUUUUUUGUUUUCAUUUUUUUUCAGGAGAGUUAAUUUAUUUAGAUAGGACACAGCAAGAAGUCACGAAAAAUAACAGUGAGCAUGGUUAUCAAGGUUAUUCUUUGACACAUGGAAGUUUUUUCAAAAAAGACAAAGAUGAUGUUGUCUCUGGAGCACCCAGAUUUAACCACCAUGGCAUGGUGGUCGUCUUUAGAAAUUUAGGCGAAGGAAAUUUUCUUAGUACUCCGACAGUGUUGUUACCCCCAGAAAUUAUGGAAGGUUCAGAGAAAAGACGCCAGCCAGGAACAGGGUUUGGCCUUGCUUUGUGUGCCACUGACCUCAACAAUGAUGGAUUUUCAGAACUGUUAGUUGGAGCACCGUUUUAUUCAGAUGAUUUACACCCUGAACAAGGGAAAGUGUAUUCAUAUGAAAAUAAAGGAGAUGGAAAGUUGGUUCUAUCCUUGGAGCUUACUGUCAAGAAGGACAAGUGGAGAGCAAACUUUGGACAAGCCCUUGCUUCUGUUGGUGACCUUGAUCUGGAUGGGUAUCAAGAUGUAGCCAUAGGUGCCCCAUAUGAGGAUGGUGGCGAGGGUGUAGUCUACAUCUACAGAGGGUCCAAAAAUGGCCUUGUGGAAACACCAAUGCAGGUCAUCAAAGGUUCUUCUGUGUCACCAGGCAUCAAAUCUUUUGGUUAUUCUUUGUCUAGAGGACUUGACAUGGAUUUCAAUGGAUAUUCAGAUAUCCUUAUUGGAGCCUACCAGUCUGAUACUGUAGUCCUGCUCAGAUCUAAACCAGUUAUAUCACUGUCGUCAACAAUUACAAUCAACCCCAAAACAUUUGAUAUCAAGGGCGCCAAGAACUGCAAUGCAACCACACUUGAAGGAAAUACUUUAUUUGCCACAUAUUGCUUCUCCAUUUCUGUUUGUACAAAGUAUACUGAAAGAUCUGGAAAUGUAACAGAUAAAAUAGAUGUGUUGUUAUUAAUGAAGUCUGACAUUGAUUAUGUCGUGGAAUCAACUAAGAGAGUCCUUUUCAAGACAAAUAAAAAGGAUGAGAUCAAUCGCACUGAAGGGAUUUUGAGUGACAGCAACAAAUGUUUUACAUGGGAGGCGUAUAUCAGGGAAGGAGUAACGGAUGCAGAUGUUUAUCCUGACAUUAAAUUCAAACUGACAUAUCAUAUUGUGAAGAAGACUCCAUCACCCCCUGGUAGCCCAACAGACCUGCCAUCUCUUGUUCCAUAUUCAGUUUUAGAUCCUCUGAAACCGCAGGAAGCAACUGCAUUGCUGACAUUUAAAAGAGACUGUGUAAAGUGUGUUCCAGAUUUGAUACUGGAUGACAGUAAAAGCAAACGGACGCUGGCUGUUGGUGCUGAAAUUUAUAAAUUGGAAGUUACAGUGAUGAACAAAGGAGAUGACGCAUACAAUGCUAAGUUAUAUGUUACCAUUCCCAAAGGAAUUAAGAGAGGAAGAAUAUUAGAGGGAGAGGGGGUGUUAAAAGGUGGGAAAGUUGAGGAGACAAAACUGGACUCAAAUGACACCUUGCUCACCAUCAACUUAAAUACUCCAUUGAAAAAGAAAGAGCAAUCAAUUCAGAUUGAGUUACGGACUGAAAGAUAUGCCAACUCGCCAGAUUUCCUGCCUAUAUACCUUAGUACAAACAGUACAAACGAAGAAGAGAAAGAAACGUUAGAUGACAACAAGCGGUUCUUGAAUAUCUCUAUCAAGUCACAGGCAGACUUGGAGGUUAAUGGUACUACAGUUGAAGAACAGGUAUCUUAUGGUGGUAAGGUUGUUGGUGAAAGUGCAAUGGUUCGUUCAUCAGACAUUGGCAAUCAAGUCAAACAUAAAUACUUUGUAAAAAAUCGUGGCCCUGAUCCAGUUCCUUCUACUGAAAUCGUAAUUCAAUGGCCUUUUGAAGCACCCAGUGGAAAGCAUUUACUUUACCUUAUAGCUGUUCAGUUUGAUGACAAAAGAGUUAAAUGCGAUUUCAAAGAUGGUCAGUUAAAUAUGCUAGGAUUAGAGACAUCUUUAAGUGGUAGCUCUGGGCAACAGCAAAAUGACACAUCUGAGGACGUAGGAGCAAAGAAGCGGAGAAGGCGUGAAGCAGAUGAGAACCAGGGAGAGUCUAGUGCAAAGGUGAAACGAGAAGCUGAACCUGCCAAGGCUGAGAAACUUCAAACUGAACUGGACUGCAAGUUAGGAUCUGCAAAGUGCACAAAUAUUCGUUGCAAGAUAGAUUUUUUGCAAGCGGGUGAUGAUGUCACAUUUACAAUAGUGUCUCGCCUUUGGAAUGGUACGAUGAUAGAGGAUUAUGAAGGCCAGCUGUUAAGAGUGAUAUCGCAUGCUACAGUGAGGUCACUGAACACCUUUGUACAAGAGACUAACACGGACAACAACAAGGCACAGGUCAGGUUAUUUCUUUGAAUCUAAACCCAGAAAUG